AUGCAUCUCACCACAACGACCAACACCGUCGUCGCCAACAAUGCGGGCGCGACACAGAACAGCAGCAACAACACAAACAAUUCCAGUUCAAAUAAUAACGGCGGUAGCAACAACAAUAAUGCUACAAAUGGCAACAACAACAAUUCCAAUGAACAGAACACACCGCCAACGGCCGCCCAACUGCUAAAUGAAGCCUACACAAAGAUGACCUCGGACAUAUUGGCGGAGCGGACUUUGGGCGAUUUCCUCACCGAACAUCCCGGCGAGCUGAUACGCACCAGCAGUCCGCUGUUCGUGUGUACCGUACUGCCGCCGCAUUGGCGCUCCAACAAGACGCUGCCGGUCGCCUUUAAAGUGGUCUCACUGGGCGAUAUCAUGGACGGCACUAUGGUGACGGUACGCGCCGGUAAUGAUGAGAACUAUUGCGCCGAAUUACGGAAUUGUACGGCCGUUAUGAAGAAUCAAGUGGCGAAGUUCAAUGAUUUGAGAUUCGUCGGGCGCAGCGGUAGAGGGAAGAGUUUUACGCUGACAAUAACGGUAUCCACGAAUCCGCCACAUAUUGCCACCUACAACAAAGCGAUCAAAGUGACAGUGGAUGGACCGCGUGAACCGCGCUCAAAGACCAUGUUGUCGCUUUUAGGACAACAACAACAGUUCCAUUUCGCAUUCGGACAGCGACCGUUCCAUUUCUCAGCCGAUCCUUUAUCAGGCUUUCGCAUGCCGCCCAUCGGAAAUUGUCAAAGCGCUGGCAAUACACACUGGGGUUAUGGCUCAGCAUCCGCUUACUCGCCCUACUUAGCCGGUAGUGGACUUUCGUCCUGCACAACACCAACUUCGGCACAAUUUAACAAUCCAGCUUUGGGCUUUACCUGCUCCUCCAAUGAUCAGUCGAACAAUCAGGACUUUACAGGCGGAACAAAUCGGGAUUGUGUACCAAUGCUGCCCGACUCCACGGCCACCGAUUUGGAUCAGCACUUGAGCAAUCUCGUGGGCUCCACCACCGGACAGAUGACACACCACAGUCUACUCGGCUCGAGCGGUCAAUCGGCGAUCUCUUCAACAGUCAAUGGUGGUGUCGGCACAAAUUCGAUACUGGUGCCACGCUAUCACCACACCAAUACCAACAACGAUUACAAUGUACACUCCAGUCAGAAUGGACCGCGCAGCUUGAGCGACUCCUCACAAGCCGAAUCGCCGGUACAAGAAGAUCUACUCACCACGAAUACACCUAAUUUGGGGGGCGGCGGUGCCGGCGCUGGCAGCGGCGGUGGUGGGGGUGCCAAUGGUACGAACAACGGCACUGCCAAUGGCAGCAGCGGCGCUGGCGCUGGCAGCGGUUCCAACUCAUCCGCGGCGAAUAACACGCUCGUAGGUGCCAAUCAAAACUUUCCCGGACUGGUUAAUCAGACACAAAACCCAUCGCAUUAUGGCAGCGGCACCGGUGCGGGUGUCGGUGUUGGUGUAGGCGUAGGUGGUGGCGGUGCGGGCGGCGCCGGUGCCGGUUGUAAUGGUUCGCUGUACCCUGUCUUGCCGGCCAGUCUGCUCUACUCACAACUCUACACGGCCGCCAAUCAGACGCAUGGCUUUCACUCGCAUGCGCUGACACCGACACACGCCUCACCGAACUCAUCCGUGCACGGCGCCGAAUUGCAAAGCGUUAUGGAUCAUAUCAACAAUGUAGGUGUGGGAGUGGGCGUGGGCGUAGGCGUGCGUCAACAGCACAACAUUAUGACGGGCGGCGGUGUGACGCAUCCCGGCGAUUUGACGCUGAUCGGCAAUUGUGGCGCCUCGGUGCGCAAUAUCGAAGACGGCAGCAAUACGCAGCGGCAAGUGGCUGCCUUGGCGGCACAUCGCGGACAUCACACACCCACCGAUAAUGGGGGUAGCGUGUGGCGGCCAUAUUGA